UUAGUUGCUGCUUUUGGGUCCUUUCUAGCAGUUCUUACGUGCUCGUAGUUUUUAGUACGUAAACACUGACGUACCCAGGUAUGCCAAUGAGGUUUUGGUGCUCAUUAACGUUGAAUGUCGCCGAGGCAAAGAAGGCAAAACGUUUUUGUGGUUGUUGUUUCUCCUUGACGCCCUUUUGUUUGCUGUCACCAUGGCAACCCUCUCUCCGCUCGGCUGCAGAAAGUCUUUGUCCACAACUGGCCUCUAACGUGGCGAGGACCGGGACCAGGACAAGGACCAGGACCAGGACCAGGACCAGGUGGGUGUCAAGAGGUGGUGUGUGAAUGAUCGUUUUGGAGUCGGUGACGUCACCUGUGGUGCCUUCAAUGCUCUAUUGUGGUUUGAGCGCUUCUUUCCACCGAUAUCACGUGACAUCUCAGAGUCUUUCCAGCCCAGAUUCCAAAGCGGCAUCCAUUACAAGUCCAGUUAGCCAUGCUGACCCCCCAGCAGGCCAUGCUGCACAGGCAGAAACAGGACGCGCUCCGAGACCGGGCUCACAAGUUUGCCAUGGAACGUCAGACCUUCGACAUGAAGAACUCGUGGCUGCAGAGAUCAGACAAACACUACGUGCAAAGAACCAUUGAGAGGAACGUCAGAGACACGAUGAUGCAGCACUACAUGGCCGUCCAGGAGCGGCAGCGCAGGCUCAGAACUCUGCUGGAGGCCGAUGAGGAGCAGCUGGUGCAGGAGGCACGCACGGAACACGAGACGCCGCUGGAGAAGCAGGCCCACAUGCGGAUACGGGCCCAAACGCUGCGUGAUGCGCGAGAGGUGCAGCGACAGCAGCUGGUGGCCGACAAGCUGGAUCAGCAGUUCAGGGAGCAGUGCCAGGAGCUGCGCGAGGCCCAGAGCAAGCGCAGGCAGCUGCAGGUGUGCGAGGAACGUGCUGCGCAGCUGCACAGCCAGCAGGACUAUGCCCAGCUGCAGAAGCAGGAGGAGGACAUGUUCCAGCAGCUGUGGGAAGCCGACGCCCGAGCGAAGGAAGACAGGGAGCGGCAGAGAGUCGAGCACCAGCACCAGAGCAAUGUGGCGCAGAUGGACGGCCUGCGGCAGCAGAUGGCAGCAGUGGAGGAGAGGCGGCGACAGAUGAAGCUGCAGCGCGACGAAGACGCUCAGCAGCAGGCACAGCGACAGCAGCUGCAACAGCAGCUGGCUGAGCGAGAGCGGCGCCUCAGCCUGGACGCCGCACAGGCCAGACGGCGCAUGCUGGACGACAGCUUGCGGCUGAAGAAGGAACGCCUGGCCAAGGAGGAGCAGGAUGAGCUCCAGCUGGACAUGAGCAUCCUGCAGCAGACGCUUCAGGACGAGAGCCAGCACCAACAGGACACGGCCGACAAGAAGGCCGAGCUGCGGGACGAGCAGCUCAGGUUUCGUCAGUAUUUGGCCGAGCAGCUGAAGAAGCGCAAGGAGGAUGAGGAGGAGAUGGAGCAGCUGAUGGAGGACAAGCUGAAGGAGACCUGGGACCGCCGGGACAAACAGAACUUCCUACAGCAAGAGGCCAGAAACCGACUGAUGGAGGAGGUGAUGGAGUCCCGCCGGCUGCAGACCGCACACAAACAACACGUGAACAUGCAGAAACGUCUGGAAGCGGCCAAGGAGAGAGACGAGCUGAACGCCGCCUUCCACGAGAUGAAAAGGGCGGAUGAGGAGCAGAAAAAGAGGCAGAGGCAGGCGUACGUGGUGUACCAGGCGGACCUGCGGGCGCAGAUAGAGCAGCGCCAGCAGCUGAGGAGGGAACAGGAGGCUGAGGACGCAAAGCAGAAGCAGCAGGUGCUCACGCUGGAGCAGCAGCAGCAGCAGAAGAAAGAGCAGGUUCUGACCCGACCCACUGAUGGUGCCUCCCACCCUUUUAGAAGAUACAAGUCACCGGCGUCCCAGGACCUUUAAGAAAGCAACCAAAAAUACAUUCACAUGGCGCAUCGACUCAUCGUAUAGUCGAAGGGUCAUCCAGGAAGCUGAACAUUUCAUGAAGUUGAGUUUCUAGCAACAUUUUAGCUAGAAACCAUUGUGGUCAGACAGAUACAUGAUAAUAACAUGCUAACGGAACUAGCAGCAGGUGUAGCUUACUGCUAGCGCCACGUGCUAUUGGAGCUAGCCACUAGCGGCUACUUUAGCGUUAUCGCAAGAUCUUUUUCAAUGUUUAGUGGGAACUUUUACGCUUUCUUUGCAGCGGAUGUCAAGCAGUCGCUAGCGGCGAUACCGAGCAAAUACAGGAGCAGUAUCAACGAUACCAAUACCAAGACUUUUUACUGGACUUUUGUUUCAAGAUCAUUCAGUUUGUGAUCAUGAUUAGAACUGAAUAAAACAUACA